AUGCUAGGCCUCUCCCCCCGCAAGGCCAAAAGCCCAGAUACCAUCGAAGAAGAUGCCUCGCCACCACCUCCCACCGCAGAUGUUGCGGUCGGCGACAAUACCGUCAUCGAUCCUGACAGCGGUGUCAAACGAGGGCUCAAGAAUCGACAUCUUUCCAUGAUGGCUUUGGCUGGGAUCAUCGGACCGGGUCUGCUCGUUGGUUCGGGAGGCGCGCUCAGUAAUGGCGGUCCGGCUUCGUUACUUAUCGGCUUUGGGGUCAUUGGGAUCAUUGCGUUCAGUAUUAUGCAGAGCUUGGGCGAGAUGACUACGCUGUAUCCUGGAGGCGGCAGUUUCAUUUCGUUGGCCGAGAGGAUGGUUGAUAAGGCGUUUGCGGUGGCGGUCGGAUGGAACUACUUCCUUAUCUGGGUCUUCGUCCUCGCGAACGAAUACAACGUCAUUUGCUCCAUCUUUCAGGUCUGGAGCGACACAGUGCCACUAUGGGGCUACUUCCUGAUCUUCUGGACCGCCUUCUUAGCCUUCCAACUACUGGGCGUAACGGCUUUUGGUGAAGCAGAAUUCUGGCUGGCUCUGUUGAAGCUGAUCGGCCUUACAGCUUUCUUCAUCUUCGCCAUCGUGUAUGCGGCCGGCGGCAUCAUCGGCCAGGACCAAGCGCUCGGUUUCACCUACUGGCGCAACCCGGGCGCUUUCAAUGGGAACGGCUUCAGGGGCGUAGCCACAGUUUUCGUUUUCUGCAGCACCUUCUACGCCGGUGUCGAAUCCGUUGCGAUCGCUGCCACCGAGACUCGGAACCCAGGAAAAGCUGUUCCUCAAGCCAUCAAGCAAGUCUUCUGGCGCAUCAUCUUCAUCUAUAUGGGAUCCGCCUUCUUCUUUGGCCUGACAUGCCCAGCAGACGCCCCGAAUCUCAUCAACGGCACAACGAAGGUCCUCCAAAGCCCAAUGACGGUCGCCAUACAAAACGCCGGUUUCCGCCACGGAAGCGAUCUGAUCAACGUCUUCAUCUUCCUUACCUGCCUAAGUGCCUGCAACUCCAGUAUCUACAUUGGCAGCCGCACGGUUCUGUACAUGGCGCAGAACGGCCAAGCGCCUCGCUUCCUGGGCAAGACCGACAAACGUGGUGUUCCUAUCUGGGCGAUCUUGCUCACCAACGCCGUCGGCGCCCUGAGCAUGAUGAACGUCUCCACCGGUGCGAGCAAAGCGUACAGCUACAUCGUCAACCUGUCUGGUGUCAGCACUUUCCUCGUCUGGGCGAGUAUAUCCUUCAUCCACAUACGCUUCAGAUCUGCGUGGAAGACGCAGGGACGCACGAGGGAGGAGCUGCCGUUCAAGUCCCUCUGGUAUCCUUGGAAUGCCUACUUCGGCGUCUUUGCUAACUGCUUCCUCGCGCUCGUGCAAGGCUGGACGACGCUCUCACCCUUCGACGCCGGGACGUUCGUGGACGCAUACAUUCUACUGGCACUGUUUCCGAUCAUAUACUUUGUCUUCAAAUUCGUGAAGAAGACGCGCUAUAUGCGGAGCUACGAGAUUGAUUUGGACUACGGCAGGCGAACGGAUUUGGACAGUACGGGCAUGGUGCCGGAGGAUAGGAGGGCGAUGGAGGAGAGUGGUGAGAAUGAGAAGGGAAUACCGUAUUGGCGGAAGUUGGCCAAGAAUUUUUGA